GUGACAUCAUGCUGCUGUGGAUUCUGAUAUAUUACGUAACGCGCAUCGACCAGAGCCACCAUUAUUGCACACGACACAGUGCUCCCAUGCCCCAAGCCCUGGCUGCAUACCUGGCAGCUUACCGUCUGCUUGAGCAAGCUGCCAACCAAUCAGAUGGACGUGGCGGAGAUGCCCUCGCACCAGGACAAUGUCACUCGGCCUUUAGAAGGCAGAAAAGAGCGUGCCAAGUCGAGCCUCUUUUUCGUUAUUUGGUGUAGCACGAUGAGUUCCGAAAAGCAAGUGGUCCUGCUGACGGGCGCAUCGCGCGGGCUCGGACUCGCAAUUGCCAAAAUCCUUCUCCGCGGUUCCCAGUCGGUGCCUCCGGCUCGAGUCGUCACACUCGCUCGAUCCCACCCUGCCGAGCUUCAGUCGCUGGAAAAGGAGUUCCCACAUGACUUAGUCUGCGUGCAAGGAGACGUGACCGAGCAGGGAGACAACCAAAAGGCUGUGGACACAGCAAAAGCACAAUGGGGACGCUUGGACAGUGUAAUUUUGAACAGCGGUAUCUUACUCUUUGGCCGGUUGGGAGAGCAGAGUGCCGCUGAUUUCUUCCAAGUGCAGAAUGUCAACCUGCUAUCCUUGCAUCUGACAUUAAUGGUCGCCCUACCUCAUUUGCGCAAAGCACCCUCUGGCUGCGGCAAGGUCGUCUUCGUCUCAUCCGGCGCCGCUGUGGCUAACAGCGCCGCCUGGGGUGCGUACAACGUCUCCAAGGCUGGGGCAAAUGCACUCGCGCGCACGCUCGCGCAAGAGGAAAAGGGAGAUGCGAGCCAGGGACGAGCGCCGGUCGCCGUGUGGGCAGUUCGACCAGGCGCCGUGGACACGGAGAUGCAAGCCAACCUGCGCGCCAAUAGCGCCCAGCAUGUCGACUCAGACGUGCAUCAGCGCUUCAUAAAGUUGCACGAGGAAGGCCAGCUGCUCAAACCCGAGCAGCCGGGCCAUGUUCUCGCCGCACUUGCCCUGCUCGGUACCCGAGAAAGUCCCGCCGACGGGAAACAAGCAGGUCUCGGUGCUCAGGGCGCCUUUGUCAACUGGAAUGCCGAAGAACUGCUCCAUGGAGCCUGGCAGCUGCCGGCUUGAGUAUAUAUAUGCACUGGCAAAAGAAUACAAUAUAUCCGAGUAAGCAGGCACGC